GCUCAGAUUAUUCCUCAGUGGGAUGGUUACCUGGUACUGAAUCCCUGUGGCACUCCACAACCAUUUCAUCAAGCAGUCAGAGCAAUCCUGUCAGAAGACACAGUAUAGCUUCCGACAGCGGGGACACUGGGAUUGGUACCUCCUGUUCUGAUAGUGUGGAAGAUCAUUCAACUUCAAGUGGUACAUCCUCGUUUAAGCCCAGCCCAUCACUGGUUUCUGUUCCCACUGCCCAUGUGAUGCCGUCUAAUGCCAGCUCUUCACUGUCCAAACACAGGGAAGCUUUCAAGUCUGAUGGCUCAAAAUGGAGUACAAGCUUUGUAAGGUCAGGAGGAGGCAGAAAUCCGGGUGCCCUGGACAAUUCUCUUGACAUGAAAGAUGCACGACCUGUAAGAAAAUGGUCCUCCUUGUCUAAACUCAGCUCACCAAAUACCUUCAGUCAAGAUGGUACUAGUCAUUCAGUGGACUCCAGGGCUAGUAUGGACAAAGCUGUAUCACCACAAUUAAGGACAAAUGGGCCAAGUUGUUUGCAUGAUAGCAUGGAGUUCCUAAAAAUUGAGGACAAAGAAACGGGGAAAAGACGAUCUUCUCUACAGGACUGCAAAUACAAAUUUGAAACAUGCAGCAAAGAUGAUUUUGUUUCAGAUCCCUCAAGUAGGAGACAUGCCUUAGACUUGACCUACAGUGCCUUACCUGAAAGCAAACCUACAGCAGCCAGUUGUGAAGCUUUCGGACAGAGAUAUGCAACUCUGGGACAACAGGCUGUGAGUGGAGCUCCCAUACAGCCAGCAGUGAGGACUCAAAUGUGGCUUAAAGAACAGUUACGUGCAAAUCCUGUGGACUGCAGGACUGCUGAGGAGCCCUACGGCAUAGCUGCAUGGCAUGUGCAGCAGCUUGAAGAUUUUAGAACGGAACAGCCUGUGCAGGUUCCGACUGGAACGUCUCGUCAAAGUUACCCAGCUACCAGCUAUCAGGACUUCAGCAACUGGGAAUCUCUAAUGAAAAUUAAAGAGGGGCUGCUAAGACAGAAAGAGAUAGUGAUUGAUCG